CCCCCCUUCUCCACCCCUGCAAAUGAGGUUUGACCAGCAGAGGCAGAGCCCACCUCUGGCUGAAAAGCACUGACAUUUAGACUCCAGGCUUCAACCUGUUUACAAGCGGCUUUCCAAGGGACUUGGAGGUGGAGAGAAGGGCCAAACAAAACACCAGCCGCCAGCCGCCCCCCAAACAAGAAGUGGCUUUCGGAAGACUUCAUAUCAACAGGCACCACCAAAAAGAGAAAGGAAGGAGAAGACAACAACAGCGCCUGGGCAGCUGACAACUCCAAAGAGACACACUUUUUAAGUGGCCAGCAGGCUGGGACUCUGCAGAGAAGGACCAGAAGGUGCCAACCGCAGAGGGGCGCAGAUGUCUUCCUGCACCCCCACCCCACCCACUUUGGGUUUUGUUCACCGUCCUGUCAUCUGUUUUUCAGACCUCUUUUGCAUCUAACAUGGUGAAGAAAGGAGUGAAGAAGAGAACAAAGUAACCCCCGGGGGGAGCGAAGAGCUCUGGUGACCGACACCACCAGUUCCUACUGCCUCGGCCACCCACGUCCACUGUUCGCCCUGAGACUGGAGAGACGCAGGCAGCGGAUCCGAGAACGGAGCGAGGACAGGCAGCCGGUCCUUCCGAGGAGUUAUGGAUGUUGGUGCACUCGCUUCUAGCCAGAUCCGUACCCAGAGGGAGCUAACCAGUAGCCACCACCUCCAGCUGUCUCUUUGCCUCGCACCAGGUCUUACCCUUCCAGUAUGUUCCUUCUGAUGAGACAAUUUUCAGUGCCGAGAGUUUCAGUACAAUGUGGAAAUGGAUACUGACACAUUGUGCCUCAGCCUUUCCCCACCUGCCGGGCUGUUGCUGCUGUUUCUUGUUGCUCUUCUUGGUGUCUUCCAUCCCUGUCACCUGCCAAGCUCUUGGUCAGGACAUGGUGUCACCGGAGGCCACCAACUGCUCUUCUUCCUCCUCCUCCUUCUCCUCUCCUUCCAGUGCGGGAAGGCAUGUGCGGAGCUACAAUCACCUCCAAGGAGAUGUCCGCUGGAGAAGGCUGUUCUCCUUCACCAAGUACUUUCUCACGAUUGAGAAGAAUGGCAAGGUCAGCGGGACCAAGAAUGAAGACUGUCCUUACACUGUCCUAGAGAUAACAUCUGUGGAAAUCGGAGUUGUUGCCGUCAAAGCCAUCAACAGCAACUAUUACUUAGCCAUGAACAAGAAGGGGAAACUCUAUGGCUCAAAAGAAUUUAACAACGACUGUAAGCUGAAAGAGCGAAUAGAGGAAAAUGGAUACAACACCUAUGCAUCUUUUAACUGGCAGCACAAUGGCAGGCAAAUGUAUGUGGCAUUGAAUGGAAAAGGAGCUCCCAGGAGAGGACAAAAAACAAGAAGGAAAAACACCUCUGCUCACUUCCUCCCCAUGACGAUCCGUACCUAGAAGAAAGCACUGUUGGUGGAUGCAGUACAACCAAUGACUCUUUGGACAGAAAGAGAUAGCAUCCUCACUGAAGACUGUAGCUCAAAAGGCAAAGACAUAGCCCUGAAUUCAGCUUGUUUAAAGGAAGGAAGGCUUUGGAUGUUUUUGUACUCACUGCUGACAUACAAAGUUCUUUUCACUAGCUUUGUGUCAUUCUGUCAUGCCUUAUAAUCAAGAUAGAGGCAAAUCAAGUUUGGAUGGAAGUUAUCCUCAAAUGAACAAUAUUGUGGUGGGGGCUGGGCUUUUUUUGUUUUGUUUUGUUUUGUUUUGUUUCAUUUUUAAGUUUUUGUUUUUGAACUUCUGAGAUAGAACUUAAAGAACAUGGAACACUCUGUUGAAUGAUCUUUGGGAAAGUUAUUUAUGGAAUAUGAACACAUAUCAAAGACUUUCAUUGCUCAUUCAAGCCUGAUGAUUCAAUGAGCAGUAAGACACGCAAGCAUUUACUGGAAAGCACUUGGGUCAUAUCAUAUGCACAACCAAAGGAGCUUUGGGUGUGGCACCAUGGAAGAAUUGGAUCAGAUUUACAAAUAUAAACCUAGUAGUAUGAAACUGUCCUAACAAUACAAAUAGUAUGGUAUGCUUGUGCAUUCUGUCUCCAUCCUUUUCUAUUUCCUUCUAAGUUAUUUAUUUAAUAGGAUGUUAAAUAUCUUUUGGGGUUUUAAAGAGUAUCUUCAAUGCUGCCCUCUAAUUUACCUUCUCUCUCUCUCUCUCUCUCUCUCUCUCUCUCUCUCUCUCUCUCUCUCUCUCUGGCACCAUACGCACGUUCAUGACAAAGUGUUUUAAAACCUUGGCAAACACUUCAGAAAUAGGAGAUGAGAUCAAGGAAGCAGUAUGAAUGCCCCAUGCGCUCUCAGUUAACUUAAUUUGCACUUCUGCAAUAAAAAAACAUCAAUGAUGACUAUGGCAGAAUUCUGCUAUAGCUUACGUAACAGAUAUCUGCCAUCAUUUGUCAACAUAUAUCAGUCCAGAGGGACCCUUACCUUAAAAUAUAGAAAGCCAAAUUC